AUGGACAUUGAUUCAAACAAUCCUACAUUGAGUGGGAGUGAGGAAGUUGAGGAACUAGAGAACAAUUCUUUAUUAAAUGAGAGUGGUGAAAUUGAAGAACCUAAGAAGGGGAUGUGUUUUACCUCAAAGCAAGAAGUGCAUGAGUUUUAUGCAAAAUAUGCUAAAAACCUUGGAUUUGCUAUAGCUUACAGAACACAUAACAUUGGAGCGGAUGGAAAGAGGAUUCGUACUCCUGUGAAGAGAAGAUUAGAAAUAAACGAUGAAGUAGGAAUAGGGGUGUCUAGGAAUUUUCAUUCUAUAGUUGUUAAAGCGAGGGGAUGUGAGGCAUUAACAUUUGAUGAACGAGAUUCAAGGAACCACAUUGAAAAUGCUAGAAGAUUGAGGCUUGGGGUAGGAGAUGCCAAAUUAGUUGCAUUUUAUUUUCAUAGGAUGCAACAAGAAAAUUCAAACUUCUAUUCUGCAAUUGACUUUGAUGUAGAUGGUCGCAUACGAAACUUGUUUUGGGCGGAUGCAAGGAGUAGGGCGGCUUAUAAAGCAUUUGGGGAUGUUGUCUCAUUUGACACCACCUAUCUCAUAAACAAGUAUGAUAUGCUGUUUGCUCCGUUUGUAGGAGUUAAUCACCAUGGACAGUCAAUCUUUUUUGGUUAUGGGCUAUUAUGUAAUGAGAACAUGGAGACAUUUGUUUGGCUAUUCAAAGAAUGGUUAAAGUGCAUGUCAGCCACUCCUCCAAAAGCUAUUAUAACUGACCAGUGCAGAGCUAUGCAAAAUGCCAUAGAAUUUAUCUUCCCACAGGGUCGACAUCGUUGGUGUUUAUGGCAUAUAAUGAAGAAAAUUCCCAAGAAAUUGAGAGGAUAUUCCCAAUAUGAAGCCAUCAAAUUCGCCUUACAAAAUGCAGUGUAUGAUUCAUUCACAAAAGAUGAAUUUGAUGAGGAAUGGAAAACGAUGAUUGAAAAGUUUAGCCACCAUGAGAACGAGUGGUUGGGGGUAUUAUAUGGUGAGCGACAUAGGUGGAUUCCUACCUAUUACGACAAUGCAUUGAAAAGUAAGGUGGAGAAGGAGACCAAAGCAGACUUCAAAUCUCGAAACAAAUUAUAUGAUUGCUUAACGGUGUAUGAGUUUGAGAAGCAAUUUCGUGCAGCCUACACAAAUGUGAAAUUUAAAGAAGUUCAAGGUCGUAAGAUGGGUCAAGGUGAACCUCGUAAGUUGAAUUUUGGUUGUACGGACAGCAUGGAAGACAAUACGUACGAUCGGGCACAAGAUAGCGCAUUGCAAAUGGUGGACAAAAUUAGAAGUGUAUCUUUGAGUGAAUCAGGAAUGGGGAAUAUAGAUGGUUCAACUUUUGUGGACUUGAGUAUAGAUGUGGAUCCAAACGCUCCAUGUUCUGUUUUGGUAACAGGUUCUGUAAAUGAUGAAUUUGUGCUUUGA